AUGGCUGCCGCCGGCCUGGGAGGAAGGCAUUGGACGCAGCUGGCGGCAGCCGUAGCCAAGUCAUCGUCACUUUCGCCACAGCUAGCAGCUCCCAUCCGAGGAAAGUCUAAGAAGGGUCUGGUCUAUCCGCACCCCCCGAGAAGAUCCCGCCUCUCUCGGUCGGUUCUGCGCUGGCUCCAGGGCCUGGAUCUCAGCUUCUUCCCCAGGAAUAUCAGCAGGUGCUCAAGCGAGCCGGGCCCGGGCCCCCCAGUAAAUCUCCCACCAAAUACAGGUAAUGGUGGUAAUCUACUUAGAGAAAUUCAAGUGAAGCAAGCUGGAAAACAUUCUUUUGAGUCCAUUAUAAAACCUGUUAGAAAUAAGAAGAAAACCUGA